AUGUCAUAAAUCCUAAGAUACCAAGGCAAAUUGAUCUAAUAUAGGAAGAUUUAAUUUACUAUUAAAAAUUUGUAAUACUUAUAUUAAAGUGAAUGUUUAAAGAUUACUAUAUCAUAAAAUAUUAAUUAAGUAAAUCUAUAUUACGUAUACAGUGAAUUAUCUAAACAGAUAUAAACGCAAAACUAAAUAUAUAUUUCAAAAUAAUUAAAAGUUAUAGCAAAUCAUAACACUAUUUUUAAGAUAGCUAAGGCAGACCAAAGAAUGAACACAUUUGGAUAAAAUUUCAAUUUAAAUAAGGUUUUAAAGGAAACUGAUUACUCAAAAAGAAAAACCAAAAUAGUUUGUACAUUAGGCCCUUAAAGCUCUAGUGUAGAAAUGAUAUGCAAGCUUCUUGAUUCAGGAAUGAAUGUUGCAAGAAUUACUUAUUGUCAUGGAUUAAAGCAAUUUUAUGAAACAGUAAUUAGCAAUUUGAAAUAAGCAUUCAAACUCAGAAAAAGCAUUCAAUGUUCUAUUAUGUUAGAUACAAGGGGUCCAGAUAUUAGAACUUCUUUACUAAAGGAUAAAAAACCUAUUGAAAUAAAGAAAGGAUAAAAAUUAAAAAUAAUGGAUGAGCAGCCAGAAUAUGAAGGAGAUGAGUAAGGGAUAGGUUGUUCUAUAGCUCUUUCAAAAUUAGUUUAAGUUGGAUAACAUGUGUUAUUAUCAGAUAAUACAAUAUAUUCUCAUGUUGUUGAAGUAAAUGAGUCUGAUAUUGUUGUCUAGUUUGAAAAUGAGGGAAUUUUAAACGAAGUAAAAAAUGUAAGACUUCCAGGUGUUAAAAUAGAUUUGCCAACAAUAAGUGAAGAAGAUGAAGAUUUUAUCAUUUCAUAAGGAUUAGAAAAAGGUGUAGAUUUUAUAGCUGUAUCUUUCGUACGUAGUGGGGAAGAUAUUGAAUAUGUAAGAGAUCUUUUAUCUCCUAGAGGGGAGCAUAUUAAAAUCAUAGCAAAAAUUGAAAAUAUAGAAGGUAUGGAGAACUUUGAAGAUAUUUUAAAAAGUUCUGAUGGUAUUAUGGUAGCAAGAGGUGACUUAGGUAUGGUCAUCCCAGCAUAGAAAGUUUUCGUUGCCUAAAAAUGGAUGAUAGAUCGCUGUCUUGAAGUUGGUAAACCUGUAAUUACUGCAACAUAGAUGAUGGAAAGUAUGGUAAAAAAUCCAAGACCAACUAGAGCUGAAGCUAGUGAUGUAGCUAAUGCAGUUUUAGAUGGCACAGAUGCUGUCAUGCUAUCUACAGAAACAUCUGUAGGGUAAUAUCCUUGUGAAUGUGUCGAAAUUACCUCUUAAAUUGCUAGAGAAGCAGAAAUGUGUUACAAUAAUGCAGACAACUUUUUCAAAAGAACAAAACUGAUAAGAGAAAUUUCUGACACUGAGAGUAUGGCAACUAGUGCAGUAUAAAUGAGUUUUGAUUUAAAAGCACCUAUUAUUGUUGUUUUUACAAUGUAUGGAGAGAUGGCUAGAUUAAUAUCUAAAUAUAGACCAACAGCUCACGUGAUUGUUGUAAGCAAUGAACCUGGAACAAUCAAAGCUUUAACCUUAAGCCAUGGCAUUAUUAGUCUCAAAGUUCCUUCGUUUUAAGGUAUUGAAAAGCUUAUAGAUUAUGCUAUCAAUCGUGCUAAAGAAUUAAAUUUAUGUAAGAAGGGGAAUAAAGUUAUAGUCGUAAUGGGAAGUGAAGAAGAGGAUUAAGAUUAAAGUGAUAUCUUAAAAGUAAAAACUGUGUCAUGA